AUGUUUUCUAACUUACAGAACUUCGGCUACGGUAAUCCAUUAGAAAAAACUUGCCGGUCAUCCCAAAAGAUUCAGCAGAGUUGUCAUGCAGUGUCCAGUUCAGACUCCGAUGCAACUGUUGAUCCUGGCUCAGAUGCAGUCACCGAGCCAGACUCUGAUGCAACUGUAGAACCUGAUACACAGGAUUUUGACUCCUCCCAGGAUCUUUUCUCUGAUCCCUCAGAUGACGAAAAAGAGACCUCUGUUAAGAUGUCUUCAAGAGUAGUUAGACAAACCACACAUGCUAUCUCUGAUAGUGGCUCGGACUCCGAGACGGAGAUAAAAUCGUCCAGCAAACAUCGCCACAAUAGUCACAAAUCUUCUCAUUCUUCCUCUUCUGCUGGGAAAGUGGACUCGAAGAAGGUGUCCUCUGGACAUCACCGUGGAAGCAGUAGCCAUUCCAGUACUCGUGAUGUGGAUCCAAGUCGUUCCAAGAGUCGUUCCCACCGUAGUUCAUCUUCCAAAUCAAAUUUGGAUAUGCCACAGAAGUCUGAUAAGAGUUCAAAGACUUCUGUGUCAUCCAAUGGUUCAGGCCUUUUUUCUGACUUUCUGGACCUUUCUUCUUCUGAAACCACCUCAACCGCCCCUGUUAAGUUACCAUCCUUAACCUCUACUCCAGAAAAGGCCCCCACCCCCAAAAGUGCCACCACCAAAAAAAACUCAAAGCUUCAUGACAUUUUUGGCAGUGAUUCUGAAGAGAGUGCUGAAGACAGUGGAGUUGGCGUCGGUCCCAUUGAUGCCAAAGCUAAGCAAGACCCAAAUGACCUGGUACCACAACCAACGUCACCCUCCCCACCUCCAUUGUCUUCACCUUCACCCCCACCCUCUCCGUCCUCAGUUUCGUCACCUACCCCUACCUCAGCACAAGUGUCUUCAUUGUCAUUUGACAAAGCAAUUGAUUUUGAUAGUACGGCAGCGUACAAAACAGCCAAGUCGAAGCCGUCAUCUUUGUCAACAUCUUCGUCCAAACAGUCAUUACCCAAAUCAUCGAACAGUGUUUCAAAGUCUGAAUCUCGCAAACCUGACCAUUCACUUAGUCACUCUUCUUCGUCGUCCUCUACCUCAUCGUCAAAGAAAGAACCAGUCAAGGAUGUUACGAAUAAGAGUUCAUCGGCAGUUGUUUUUCUUCUCCUUUUUGCUGCCCCCUCCUUCUCUUUCUCCUUUCCUCUUCUCUUUCUCCUUUCCUCUUCUCUUUCUCCUUUCCUCUUCUCUUUCUCCUUUCCUCUUCUCUUUCUCCUUUCCUCUUCUCUUUCUCCUUUCCUCUUCUCUUUUCUCCUUUCCUCUUCUCUUUCUCCUUUCCUCUUCUCUUUCUCCUUUCCUCUUCUCUUUCUCCUUUCCUCUUUCUCUUUCUCCUUUUCCUCUUCUCUUUCUCCUUUCCUCUUCUCUUUCUCCUUUCCUCUUCUCUUUCUCCUUUCCUCUUCUCUUUCUCCUUUCCUCUUCUCUUUCUCCUUUCCUCUUCUCUUUCUCCUUUCCUCUUCUCUUUCUCCUUUCCUCUUCUCUUUCUCCUUUCCUCUUCUCUUUCUCCUUUCCUCUUUUUCUUCACUCUUUAUGUAUGCUGCUGGCAAAAAAGAAAGUCUUGAUCAGAGCCCAUCGUCCAAGAAACAAAAAUGUGUUGAACAAGGAUCAUCUCUUGAUGAGAAAGUUGUCCGGAGAAAAUACAAAGAUGCCCAACCUUUUAGUUUUUUCCUAACCCAAGUGAAAGGGAUUGAUGCCAAAUACAACUCCUCCUUUGUGCUAGACAUUUCUGAAAUUCUUUCACCUGCUUUUGGUAAUAUGCAAGCUUCUUGUCAGUUCAAUUAUAUGAUUGACAUUGCUUGGUUGGUUCAGCAGUAUUCUCCAGAAUUUAGAAAGAAGCCCCUUCUUAUUGUACAUGGAUUUACGGGCUCUGAACAAAAGGGUUUACAACAGGAUGCGUCAAAGUUUUCCCACAUAUCAUUAUGUCAGGCUCGAUUGGACAUUCCUUAUGGAACCCAUCAUUCGAAGAUGAUGUUUCUCCUUUAUGACAAUGGAAUGAAGGUCGUAAUUCACACAGCCAAUCUCAUUCCUGGAGAUUGGCACCAGAAAACCCAAGCUCUCUGGAUGAGUCCAUUGUUUCCAAAGUUAAAAUGUGGUGCCAACAAAAAUGAAGGCCAUUCACCCACAUCAUUCAAGAAAGACCUACUGCAAUAUGUAGCUGCUUACAAGAACUCGUCUUUAGCUGAGUGGGAAAGACACAUACUUGAACAUGAUAUGUCAGCAGCAAAAGUGCAUCUGAUAGCUUCAGUGCCUGGACGUCACACAAUGUUGCAGAAAAAUGCCUGGGGUCACCUCAAAUUGCGGAAAGUAUUGAUUGAUAAUGGGCCUGACAAGAUGGAAAUGGAGUCUUGGCCUUUGAUUGGUCAGUUUUCAAGCAUUGGCUCCCUUGGACCCUCUCCGGACAAAUGGUUGUGUGGAGAGUUCUACCAAAGUUUGGCAGCAUGCA